UCACCUGGUAAUAAAGGAAGGCAAAACUUAAGAUGGGGAGUGAGGAAAAGACUCCUCUUCUGAAUAAGAUCGGGGAUGAUUCGGAAGAAGAAGAGCUAACGGGAUGCGGGGCUACUUUGCCCUGCAAUCCACGGAGGAUGCUACACAGAUAUCUGAUUUUGAUCAUCAUGUGUCUGUUAAGUUUCGGGAGCUAUUUUUGCUAUGACAACCCAGCAGCGUUACAGGAUAACAUGAUAAAGGACCUGGAUAUCGGGGUGGGGCAGUUCAUGGCCUUUUAUUCCUGGUACUCGUGGCCUAACGUCAUACUCUGCUUUUUUGGUGGGCUUCUCAUCGACAAAGUGUUUGGUGUUCGUCUGGGAGCCAUCAUUUUCUCCAUCUUUGUAACAUGUGGGCAGGUCAUUUUUGCUUCUGGCGCCUUUUUUAACCUCUACUGGUUGAUGUGUGUGGGAAGAUUUGUAUUCGGCAUUGGUGGUGAAUCCCUGGCCGUGGCUCAAAAUACCUAUGCUGUAAAGUGGUUCAAGGGGAAGGAACUCAACAUGGUGUUCGGACUCCAGCUCAGUUUCUCCCGAGUGGGUAGCACAGUGAACAUGAAUAUCAUGUCUCCCAUCUACAACUUACUGAGUACUUCUUUCAAAGGUUACACGAAUUUAGGAAUUGUCCUUUUUAUUGGCGGAGGCACCUGUGUAUUCUCCUUGCUCUGUGCGCUGUCACUGGGGUAUUUUGACAAGAGAGCUGACCGAAUUCUGAAGAGGGACGCAAAAGGAUCAGGGGAGGUAAUACAGUUCAGAGAUGUGCUGACAUUUCCUCUGACAGUAUGGCUGCUAUGUUUGAUCUGUGUGGCAUACUAUGUGGCUAUUUUCCCUUUCAUUGGCUUGGGUUUAGUGUUUUUUGAAAUGAAGUACGAUUUUGAUCCAUCCUUGGCUAAUAACGUGAAUAGUUUGGUGUACAUCAUCUCAGCAGUUGCCUCCCCUGUUUUUGGCUUUCUAAUCGACAAAACAGGGAAAAACAUUUUUUGGGUAUGCCUGGGUGUGCUAGUGACCAUUGGCUGCCAUGGUCUCCUGGCGUUUUCCUUCAUCAAUCCAUAUGUAUCUAUGAGCACUAUGGGAUUGGCAUAUUCAGUUCUUGCUAGCGCCCUUUGGCCAAUGGCUGCACAGAUGGUACCAGAACAUCAACUAGGGACAGUGUACGGCAUAAUGCAGUCUGUUCAGAACCUUGGCUUGGCAGUUAUCUCCCUUGUGGCUGGAAUGAUUGUAGAUGCCAAAGGUUACCUUCUGCUGGAAGUCUUCUUCUUGGCCUGGCUGUGCUUGGCUUUGAUAGGCUCAGUAUUACUCUACCUAGUCGAUGCAGCAAGGGGAGGUAAGCUCAACCUGUCGGCCAGGAAAAGGCGUGAGCAGCUUGAAGCUGAAAUGAACGUUGAACCCGAAGAGAAUCCUGUGACGUGAUCUGAAGAAGCCAAUUGAGUAAAGAGAGAGACUGACAGAUCCCUGUUGGAAGACUGUGAUCAAGAGAAGAGAAAACCGAAAAUACUCCAACUAUACUGUAUAUAAAGCACCAAGUUUUUGUACAUAAACUUUUUUUGUAAAUAUCUGAUAUCCCAAAAUUAAAUCUGUUGCAAAGUUAGCUGUAUUCAUUGUAUGAAAUCAAAAAGUGCAUGUUUGUGCAUACAGGCACAUGUAAAUCUUUUUGAUUUGAAAUUGAAUUGAAUCUUGUCCAAAGUAUUUUUAGAUGUCUUCACAUAUACAUGUAUUUUGCGAUAGCUUGUAUUUUGAACAACAGUUUAGUGCAAAGGAAUGGCUGACUUCAGUCCAUAUAUGUGUAUCAAUGUCCAUGUAUCAUGCCACCUUUUGUGAUUUCAGUUUACAUAGCCUCAGUCUUCAGUUGGGAGGGAAAGAAAAAGGUCCAAUUCCACUAAGCCAUUUCUGACUGAAGUCAAAAUUUAAAAUCUUUCUACAAUGCUCAGUUUUUGGUAUCGGCACUGAAAGUUGAAAUUUGAAUACAUUUGGCUUAAGAUAACACUGAUGAGCGGCACAAAAUUUUGCUUUAUUAAACCGAAAAGUAAUCUUUAAGAUCAUAUUUCAAAUUUUGUCCGUCAAAAAUGUUUUUGUGAAAUGGGUCCCUGAAUUGUAAGUACUGGACCCAACCAUUGAUUUUUGCUUUUUUCUUUAAAUUGAUUGAUAUUGUCACCUAGCUGAGAAUAACAGUUGAGACACAAUUUAGCCAUGGAUAUGUACCGGUGCAUGACAUCCAUGUAACAUGACUUUUCUUGUACUAGUUGCUUUUUCAGACAAUCCACAUGAUUUAAAAGUAAUAAUUUUAGAAGAUAAGGUUAGAUCCUUUAUUUUUGGAUAAUGACUGGUUUCGUGUAAUAGAUGUACUUACCCUUGUUAAACUAUAAGCUUUGUCCAGCAUUGAUCAAAGAAAGCGUCAUUGAUGUCAAAAGGACCUUACUCUGUUUUAAAACGUUUGGACCAAACAUUUUUGUACCAAGGACAAAUUUUAUAGCAGUUUGAUGCCUUGCUCUCUUUGCAAUACACUCUAUGUUGUAACAUGGAACUUACAGCCAAACCAUCCACUCUUAAUUUCCAUCAUGGCCUAGCCAGCAGAGUGAUGGGUGCUGUUGUUUGAUAAGCCUGAUCUCAACGGUUUGUUGUUGACUUGAAGCACCUGUCCAUGACAUAAAUAUUCUUGAUCAGUACCUCUAGCUUUGACAUUCCACUAGCUUGUCAUUCAGUGAUGAUGGAUGAAAUAUGACUUCCCGAAGGCUCAAUUUCAUAACCACUGAAACAUACCGGUACUAGUAAAUUAUGAAGUUACAAUACUUUUUACAUUUUCACAUGUAUAAGACUUUCUGGUCAAAUUUAUUUCUAAUGCAUAUGUACUAGUAUCAAUGGUUUUAACAUGUGUUUUAUAGAAGAUGAUAAAUACAGUUUAAGUAUCAUGUCUUUCCGUCACAUUUUACCAUACUUUGGCGUUCCAGUGAGUAAUAUAGCUAUCAUUGUGUCCAGCUGAUCAGGAUACCUAUCUGUCUGUUCCUGUAAAUAGCUUAAAUUUUAAGUUAUUUCACUUCACAAUUUGAUGCUCUGAACCAUGUAUAUGUUCAGCUUCAUUAAUACCUCAAUCAGUUCUGCGCAGUUGAAAUAAGUAAAACUGUUGGAAAAUUUUGUUUGAAAAUGGACCUGUUUCUCCACCCAAAAAAAAGAAAAAGAAAAGAUAAAUGCAAUCUUCCUAUUUUUAAAUAUUAUAUUAGUAUGAAAUGCCUACGUGUGAAUGUGUAUUAUCAGUUCGCAGCCGUGCACAUCCCAUAAGCCUUCAGUGAUCCGUCAACUCCUGAAUUUUUCAAUAUAAUUUAGCACAUUUCGUUGACGAUUGUGGAAAUGUUGACGAUUGUGGAAAUGUUGACAUCUGAGUGUGACAUGUCUGAAUACAACUAUGUCUGGGAGAAUUUCUGUUCUCUUUAGUUCAUGUAGUUUGUCGUAAGUUCAAUAUCAAAUUACAUAUCGCUUGCUAACUUGGUUUACAUGCAAAUCACUGCUAACGUCAGUUUUUCAUCAGGUUUUAAUUGUCACAUUUUAAUGUGGUAGUUGUUCAGUUACUUAUAUAAACAUUUUUUAUCUUUAACAAAUGUACGCGUACAUGUCCUACCAGCUAAGUGAAUAUAAUUUGUUUUUGUUUUUUUUUUCAUUCUUCCAUAAAAGUGCAAAGAUUUAUACUGACUGACAUUCCGUUUUCAGAAUAAAUGAUGCAAUUC